GCAUUCUUCUCUCUGCUCUCUGAGCUUUCUGUUGCUUCCCUGCUCAUCUGUGCUCUCAGCAGCAGCAGCAAAGUUGGCCUCAAACUUGAACAAAGCUGCAGGCUCCAGCGUCUUUCUGGGAGCUCCGAGGGGUCAGCAGGCAGGCCCCAGCCUCUGAACUCAGCUGGCCUUGAGAAGCCCAGCCCAACCCUUCCAGCACCCAGCCGGCCCUCUGUCCCCCGAGGGACGCCCCUGCCCCCGACCUGGAGGCCCUCAGUCUGGGCUGGGGAAUGGUGCGCUGAGGUCCCUCCAGAGCCCCUUGUCCCAGCCUGGAGCUGCAGCCGCGCAAGACCCAGGCCCCCAUGGCCAACCCGAUGCAGUCCGAGUUUCCUUCAGCACAGGAGCCAGGCUCCACCACACCCCUGGACCUGCCAGAGAUGGAGAUACUCCUCACCAAGGCAGAGAACAAGGAUGACAAGACCCUGAAUCUGUCCAAGACCCUCUCGGGGCCUCUGGAUCUGGAGCAGAAUGGCCACGGCCUGCCCUUCAAGGCCAUCUCCGAGGGGCACCUGGAGGCCCCACUGCCUCGGUCCCCCUCCCGGGCCAGCUCAAGGAGGGCGUCCUCCAUUGCUACCACCUCCUAUGCCCAAGACCAAGAAGCCCCCAGAGAUUACCUCAUCCUGGCCGUCGUCGCCUGCUUCUGCCCCGUCUGGCCCCUCAACCUCAUCCCUCUCAUCAUUUCCAUCAUGUCUCGAAGCAGCAUGCAACAGGGCAACGUGGACGGCGCCCGGAGGCUGGGCCGCCUGGCUCGGCUGCUCAGCAUCACCCUCAUCAUCAUGGGCAUUGUCAUUAUCAUGGUGGCCGUGACCGUCAACUUCACAGUUCAGAAGAAAUAAACUUAACCAGGGAGCUGGGCUAGCAGAGGCCGGCCCUGGCCAUCAGGAGAGCUCUGACCCGCACACCGCUGGAGGCCAGGGUGCUGACUGUCAGGCAUCCCCCGUCCCCAAGUUCCAAAAGCACAAACUCAGAGGGAAACCCCCAGUCACCCAUUGUCAGCCCCCAUCUGACCGGAAAUCCUGGAGGAGGAAGGAACGCACGGAGAACCCAAUGGGUAACGUGGUUUACUCUCCCAGACGCGUCCUGGGAUCUCAACCCCAGUGCUCUGGCUUGUUUCUCAUUCCAACAAUUUCCUGGAUUGUACCAAGCAGCAAAAACUGCCAGGAUGAGGAAAAAACCCAGCCCCACAAACGACACACAUGCCGGCGGGGAGAGACGCAGCAGAGCUCCUUCCUGUCUGUGGACCCGGAGCAAAGACGUGGGGCCUCAUCUUUUGUAUUUUCCUCAAGCAGGGAAAGAAUGGACUGUUUGCAUGCUUCCUGCCACAUGCCCGCAGUGAUCCCAGCCAGGGCCCCGAGCACAGAGGCGGAGCUGUGCUCAGCACAGGCCCGGGACCUCCCCCGGCAGGCACCUGUCGGGGGUACAGCUCCCGGGAAGGAGGCAACCGCCUCACUUAACAUCCUCCCCUGCAAGGCGUGUCUGUGAAGACAGGUACGGGGACGGCACGACCUGCACGCCUCUUCCCAAACCUGUCAGCUUCAGAAGCAUCUCUGGAGGACUCUGGUCCCAGGAUGUCUCCCAGGACAAGCCAGUCUGCCUCUUCCUCCUACUUCUGCUGUAGCCUGGGACCAGACCUGGCCAAGGUCAGCCAGCGGGGAGGGCCGUGGCCCCCGCGAUGGCCUGGGGUGCAAGCUCGGGCUCCGGGUGGUGCUGCUCAGGUGGUUUCAGGCUUCCAGACCAGCCCUAUGCUCUGUGCUUGGCCCUGGGCCCCUGGCCAUCCACAAACAGCAGAGGCCUUCCCUGGAGGAGGUUUUGGGACCACCCCUGAGGGGACUUCCCAAGGGGUCCCAGGCUGUCAGGGGCGUUUGUGCCACCUGCAAGGGCGUGGGUCAGAGAGUUUUUAUGGGGCGUCUGUUGUUUGACAGUCCUGAGACCGAGGGAAGGGCUCGGCUGAAGGACCUCGUGUGCAGGAGAGUUGGGGGAUCAGGUUUGGGAAUACACUUGCACGCACAGAGCCUGGGGCCUGGACGCCACGGCCUCUCUUAGGACCUAAUGGGACCCCCAAAAGGAGCCAAGUGGGGCCCUCGGCCUCUUCCCUUGUUCCAGGCCCAUGAUUUUUCCUAGACUUCUCCCUGGCCCCGGCUGCAGCCACAGACACCUCUCCUGCCCCCGCCCACCCUCCUGACUGCAGCUCCCAGGCCCCGGAGACCUCCAGGCUUUCCUGCCCUGGGCGGCCCCACCUCAUAGCCAGAGUCAAUGCCUUCAUGGGAAGGACUCCCAGCCACACCCAGACUUGCCCGAGGCUGUUGAAGUCAGCAUCCUUUGCGCCCCAUCAGGACCCUCCUGCCUCCUCUCCAGGGCCCUUGUCCGCCUCCCCACCCUCCUCAGAGGCCCGGGGAAGGGAAGUACAGAAGUCAGUACAGAGGUUCUGUCUGCAGGGAGGGGCCCUGAGUCUAUGCACAGCUGGAGCUCUGAGCCUUCCACAGCCCGUGUGACUGCUGGAGGGCAGGGGUGCAGGGGUGCAGGGCUCAGGGGGGGCCAAGCUGGUCCUUUGGGGCUGGUGUUCCUACGUCAGUCCCCACCUGGGGAAUAAACUCCAGCCUCUCCUGCUCAUACAGAAGGGACUGGUUGGGUUUGCUUUAUGGGAUCUUUGAGGCCAAAACAGAUGCCCCUGUUUGCUGUGAGCACGGAGUAUUUCUGUCCCUGGUGAAGUCACGUCACAUGGGGGAGAGGCGAGGUCGAUGGAACUGGCCACGCACAGGCUCUGGCUCUGGAAGGAGGGAUGACGAGUGGGUGUUUUCCCGGUAGGCCCCCGGGGUCCUCAGCCUCAGCAACCCAGGGAGAGGAGAGAAAUGAACCGAUGGUUGAGGGAUUGUCACAGGAGGAACGUGACACCCGAAGGGACUCUAGGUGCCCUCAGAGUGCCACACAUGCCCAGACCUUCUCACCCCCACACAAAUAGGCUCCGCUGUGCACUUCUACACACACACAUACACACACACAUACACACGCUUGUUCACACUCAGAACCCAGGACAGCCACAGCCACUGCUUAGGGGAAGCCACUGCAGAUGCCCCCGGAAUGGGCACAGCCAGGAUGCUCUUCCAGGCAGGCGAGGAUGACUUGAGAGUUUCCUAGGGCGCCAGGGACAGAGCUCAGAGGCCCCCGAGGUGUGUGUGGGAGGCAGAGGCCCACAGAGCACAGAGCAGGAGGAGGGCCCGGGCCCUGGAGGAGAAAGCCAUUCUGGACGCCAGGGGACCCGGACGGAGGGUCCCCACAGCCCCUGCCCCACGCCGCCUGGAGGCCAGAGGGGUCAGUGGCCCUGCUGUCCCGGCUCCAUCUUGGUUCUAGUCGCUACCUGCAUGAACACAGUGGCCCGGCUUAACGCACUAACCCAGCCUCGCCCUGUGUCCCACAGGGAGUAGCAAGACCCACCCCACACUGCCUUCACCACCUACACCAGUGACGCCGCUGUGUGUCUUAGCAUGGAAAGAAAUAAACCUGAAUGUA